GAAGGAGGUGGGGGAGACGAAGCAGAUGAUCACUCGACACAAGACCCCAACGUUUGCCACAGGAACCCGGGGCUCUCCUCCGUUAAACCACCUGCAGAUAGAGCUGUGUUCCCCUCCUAACCCCGUAACGCCCGUCUCCACAACAUGUUUUGGAUCUAAUAUUGACUGUUGCUCGGAGCAGACAAGGACUAUUCUCCCGAUUCGGUGGAUGUGGCCAGGUGCUUUCCUUUUGUGGAGAUGCAUACGAUUAUGAGUUUUCCCUCUUUGUUUCUGCCUCUCUUUUGGGGUUUGACGGCAGGAGCAUCCCCGAGUGUUCAAAUAGGGGGUCUUUUCCCAAGGGGCGCGGACCAGGAGUACAGUGCUUUUCGGAUAGGAAUGGUUCAGUAUGUCACAUCCGAAUUCAGACUGACGCCCCACAUUGACAAUCUGGAAGUAGCAAACAGUUUCGCCGUCACCAACUGCUUCUGUUCCCAGUUCUCGAGAGGGGUCUACGCCAUUUUCGGCUUCUACGACAAGAAGUCGGUGAACACGAUAACGUCGUUCUGCGGCACGCUGCACGUGUCCUUCAUCACCCCGAGUUUCCCCCUGGACGGCACCCAGCAGUUCAUCAUCCAGAUGAGGCCCGACAUCAAGGGACCCCUCCUCAGCCUCGUGGAGUACUACAAGUGGCAGAAGUUCGCAUACCUCUACGACAGUGACAGAGGGUUGACGACGCUGCAGGUGGUCCUGGACACGGCGGCGGAGCGCAAGUGGCAGGUGACGGCCAUCAACGUUGGGAACAUGAAGGACGAGCGGAAGGACGAGGCGUACCGCUCCCUCUUCCAGGACCUGGAGACCAAGCAGGAAAAACGUGUCAUCCUGGACUGCGAACAAGACAAGGUCAAGGACAUCAUGGAGCAGGUCAUCACCAUCGGCAGACACGUGAAGGGAUACCAUUACAUCAUCGCAAAUUUGGGCUUUAUGGAUGGAGACCUGUCCAAGAUCCAGUAUGGCGGCGCCAACGUGUCCGGAUUCCAGAUCGUGGACUUCGAUGACCCCAUGGUGUCCAAGUUCGACCAGAUGUGGGACACACUGGAGGAGAAGGAGUACCCUGGGGCCGAUAGCAAGAUACGGUACACAUCUGCGCUGACGUAUGACGCGGUGCACGUGAUGAUGGAGGCGUUCCGCUACCUGCACAAGCAGCGCAUCACCAUCUCCCACCGUGCCAACACUGGAGACUGCCUAGCCAACCCCGCCGUGCCCUGGCAGCACGGCAUCGAGAUCGAACGCGCCCUCAAACAGGUGAAAGUUGACGGGCUGACAGGAAAUAUCCAGUUUGACCAGCACGGCAAACGAGUCAACUACUCUGUCAACAUUAUGGAGCUGAAGAACAAUGGGCCUGUCAAGAUCGGGUACUGGAACGAGGUCGACAAAAUGGUGGUCACUAAAGAUCCAAUUUUCUCCAAUGACACCAUUUUGGAAAACAAGACUGUGGUAGUAACAACCAUUCUGGAGGCACCAUAUGUUAUGCUAAAGAAGAACGCAGACCUGUUUGUCGAUAAUGAGCGCUUUGAGGGCUACUGUGUGGACUUGGCUGCUGAGAUCGCCAGGCACUGCGGCUUCAAGUACCAGCUCAAGAUCGUGGGAGAUGGAAAGUACGGCGCUCGCGACGCGGAGACCAAGAUCUGGAACGGGAUGGUGGGAGAGUUGGUUUAUGGGAAAGCUGAUGUGGCAAUUGCUCCUCUGACGAUCACCCUGGUCCGAGAGGAGGUCAUUGACUUCUCCAAGCCCUUCAUGAGUCUGGGUAUCUCCAUCAUGAUCAAGAAGCCUCAGAAGUCCAAGCCGGGGGUCUUCUCCUUCCUGGACCCGCUGGCCUACGAGAUCUGGAUGUGCAUCGUGUUCGCCUACAUCGGGGUCAGCGUGGUUCUUUUCCUGGUCAGCCGUUUCAGCCCCUACGAAUGGCACACGGAGGAGUACGAGGAUGGGCAGAUACAAACCACUGAAUCGACCAAUGAGUUCGGAAUAUUCAACAGCCUCUGGUUCUCAUUGGGUGCCUUCAUGAGGCAGGGCUGCGACAUCUCUCCCAGGUCUCUUUCUGGACGUAUAGUGGGUGGUGUGUGGUGGUUCUUCACCCUCAUCAUCAUCUCCUCGUAUACGGCUAACCUGGCAGCCUUCCUGACAGUGGAGAGGAUGGUGUCUCCCAUAGAGAGUGCUGAGGACCUGGCCAAACAGACGGACAUUGCCUAUGGCACCUUAGAUUCUGGAUCGACUAAAGAGUUCUUUAGGCGUUCCAAAAUUGCCCUAUUUGAUAAAAUGUGGACGUACAUGCGCAGCGCUGAGCCCUCUGUGUUUGUCAAAACGACGGCCGAGGGGGUGAUGCGUGUGCGCAAGUCCAAGGGCAAGUACGCCUACCUGCUCGAGUCCACCAUGAACGAGUACAUCGAGCAACGCAAACCCUGCGACACCAUGAAGGUCGGCGGCAACCUGGACUCCAAAGGAUACGGCAUCGCCACGCCCAAAGGAUCCUCAUUAAGAGUCCCAGUAAACCUUGCAGUAUUGAAACUCAGUGAGCAAGGCACCUUAGACAAGCUGAAAAACAAAUGGUGGUACGAUAAGGGUGAAUGUGGAGCCAAGGACUCGGGAAGUAAGGAGAAGACGAGUGCCCUGAGCUUGAGUAACGUGGCUGGGGUGUUCUACAUCCUGGUGGGGGGUCUGGGCCUGGCCAUGCUGGUGGCCCUGAUCGAGUUCUGUUACAAGUCGCGCACCGAGGCCAAGCGCAUGAAGAUGACCUUCUCGGACGCGAUGCGGAGCAAAGCGAGGCUGUCGAUCACGGGCAGCACGGGGGAGAAUGGGCGCGUGAUGACCCCUGAGUUUCCCAAAGCGCUGCAUGCCGUGCCGUACGCCACCGGCCCCACCGGCGUGCCCCUCGACGUCAGCCUCACCGACCUCUCCUAACGCACCACACAUCAUCCAGUGCCUUAUGCUCCACAACACA